ACUCCCCACACGUCAUAGCCUGUAUACUUUAUAGACUGCCGCUGUAACUGGUCAAUCUAGCUAAUCCCCCUUGUUCGCGGAGCGAUGUCGCUGGGUCAAUUAUCCUCUGCAGCGGGGCCAUCGUAUCAGAGGUCCCAGCCCGCAUUUGAUUUUACAAAGCGAAAACGCUGGGCCGACAUAUUAAUUAAUGAGCUCUCAGAGGCUAUCAUACUCGUCUUAUCUUCCUCUCGUGUCAUUCUUUUUUGCGGAACAGGUGUCACAGAACUGCUAGGUUGGCGCGACAUCGAGCUCAUUGACCAUGACCUCGCCGACUUUAUUCACGCUGAUGAUCAGCACGCGUUUCGAAAUAACUUUGACGAGUCGCUGCGUAUGAGAAGUGAACUCACGUGUUAUGUUCGACUCAAGUGCAAAAAUCAUCUACCCCAAAAUUCAGAUUAUCGCCCGCCACCGAAAGAAGUGCUCUUUGAGCUGCAAGGGUACCCUCAUUAUGUCGACGAUGAGGUGGACUGUCGCUGCUUCUUUGCUGUAGCAAAGCCUUACCCCAGUCGCAACACCGCCAUGCUAAACACGUUUCUCGAGCUCAAGAUUGAGAACGAGCGCUUACAGCAGCGUCUGGCUGAAUUACGCAUACGCGUUCCGUCUGGUUCCUCGUCCAUUGUUCCCUCAAACUCGAAUUCGGCGAGCGUAUACGGCAUGAACUCGAUGCCUACCACAGAAUCGAUGACAAUAGUAAAUUCGAUCCCUUCAACCUCCCAGCACCCGGAUCCGAACACAUCCUACUAUCCUAUCCAUCGUAAUAUGUCUUCAUACGAAAAUAUAAAGCCUCACAGUCUUGGAGAUACCUUCGAGCCGAUGAACGCUCUUGCAUACACUGGUUAUUUUACGCCUGCGGUCCUUCCUUCCUCGGUUGACGAGGAGACUUCUGAGGAAGGCUUGAAGAGAAAAAAGUUCAAAAAAGUACAUUCAUCAGACCAAUAUGUCUGUGUGACAUGUGGACGGACGGAUUCUCCAGAAUGGCGUAAGGGUCCACAAGGCCCGAAGACGCUCUGUAACGCGUGCGGCUUGCGCUGGGCGAAGCAGAUGCGUAAAGAUGAUACGAACGAGAGUGGUAGUAAUGGCGAAGGCUCUCAAAAACCGGGACAAUCUUCUGGGGCAGUUUAAAUCGGGACACUAUCUGGGCAAAUCAGCGAUGCGUUAGCGCUAGAGGCAUCGUACAUAAAGACUUAUCAAACUCGGCGAGCUCGGUGGGACUAAAUUUCCAAUUUUUUAUAUUUUCUAUUGCGUUGGUUGCACAUGAUGGACUAACCUACAAUUUGCUAUCCUGCACGCUGCUAGUAACACACAAGCUCUGCAUACACGGACUAGAGCACUAUAUGUAUUACCUAUUAUUUCUUGGGGUUAGAGUUACGCCACUCUACUGACUAUGGAUGUGAAUUUGCGUGGAUACAUUUGCUUGGGUAGAUAAGCUUGAGUUCUGUCAGUAGUUCGAGAUAAUAACAGUGGUCCUAUAGUG